AUGGACCCGAAAAAUGGAAGUUCUUUCACUGGCUUUAUCCUGCUGGGUUUCUCUGACCGGCCUCAGCUGGAGCGAGUCCUCUUUGUGGUUCUUCUCAUCUUCUAUCUGCUCACCCUGCUGGGAAACACAACCAUCAUUGCGUUGUCCCUCCUGGACCCACACCUGCAGACUCCCAUGUACUUUUUCCUGUCCAACCUAAGCUUUCUGGACCUGUGUUACACGACCAGCACUGUUCCUCAACUGCUGGUUCAUCUCAGGGGAGCAGACAAGUCCAUCUCCUUUGCAGGCUGUGUAGCUCAGCUGUUCGUCGCUCUAGGGUUGGGAGGCACAGAAUGCAUUCUGUUGGGGGUGAUGGCAUUUGACCGCUAUGCAGCCGUCUGCAGGCCCCUGCACUACACAGUGAUCAUGCACCCCCGUCUCUGUGCCCUGAUGGCUUCUGCAUCAUGGUUCAUUGGCUUUGCCAACUCCUCAUUGCAGACGGUGCUCAUCUUUCUUGUACCACUUUGUGGGAGAAAUAAAAUACACCACUUCUUUUGUGAGGUCACCCCACUGCUCAAGCUUGCCUGUGUUGACACCACUGGGAAUGAGAAUGAGAUCUUCUUUGCCAGUGUGAUCAUUCUCCUCAUACCUGUGGCAUUAAUCACGUUCUCCUAUGGUCAGAUAGUCAGGGCAGUGUUAAGAAUAAAGUCAGCCACAGGACAGAGAAAAGCUUUUGGGACAUGUGGGUCCCACCUCACGGUGGUCUCCCUGUUCUAUGGCUCGGCCAUCUAUGCUUACGUCCAGCCCAGCAACAACUACUCCCAGGAUCAGGGCAAGUUCAUUUCUCUCUUCUACACCAUCGUCACCCCCAUGGCCAACCCCUUCAUAUAUACCCUGCGGAACAAGGAUGUGACGGGUGCAAUGAAGAAGGUGUUGUGUAGGGGCUAUGACUCCAGAUGACUGAGGGAAGACCCUUUCAUGGAAGACUUCGAAUGCCAGAAUCUUUAAGAUUUCUGUGUCCUCCACAUUUCCCCUGACAACUCUGAAGGGAGCUUCCUUAAUUCAUUCUUUCAUGCAAGUGAGUGUUCAAACUCUAAGUUCAUGGACGCAUGGCAGCCUCCAGAGAUGCUGAGUUAGUGUUCCUAAACCAUCUGCAUCAUAUUAAUAUUGUAAAAAGUUUCACAGGAUUUUCUCAUUUCACCCCCUUUUAGAGAACACUAUUCCAUUGCUAAUUGCAAAGGACGGUUACAAGACACCAUAAUACAUAGCAAAAUAAGAAUAAAAACCACUAGAACACUGUAAUAAAUGUUAAUACUGUAGCAUUUUCUCGCAAAAGCUGGAGGCUAUUGCUGAUUCUCUCAAGUAGCUCACGGCUCUAUGACAAUGGCUGUAGCCUGACUGGAUCACAACUUUUUCCCAGAAGUAGGAGGGCAAGUGUAGGAAAAACAAACCUUAGCUCGGACAAAAGUUGCUAACAUCCAUCCUGGUAAAGCUGUUCAGAUAUCAGGCCGUGGUGUCAUGUCGCCAUUGUGAUACUGUUUUCAUUUUGAAACACACUUCUUUGUUUUUCAAAAAAUUUUUUUCUUUA